UUUUUGCAGAAGUUGAGUGUGUGUGUGUCUGUGUGUGUGUGUGUGACCGACAUACUCUACUAAAUAUAAUAAGUAUGAGACAUUAACACUAGUAUGAGGCAUAGAUAAAACACUGUGUCACUGAGAUCUGUGUCACAACCAACGUGUACGACGGAGAUAGAAAAUACGGAAGUGUACAGCCAAUCACAAGGUCAAGUGUAUAUAGAUUAGUAUUGUUGUCUAUGGCUUCAUGAACACGGAAAUAAUCUGAAGUAGAAUUUAUGAUUUGUAGUUUAUGAUCAAUUUUAGUGAUCAUAACCCGGAAAUAAUCAGUUUAGUGAAGUGAUCAUAACCUGGAAAUAAUCAGUUUAGUGACGUGAUCAUAACCUGGAAAUAAUCAGUUUAGUGACGUGAUCAUAAUCUGGAAAUAAUCAGUUUAGUGAAGUGAUCAUAACCUGGAAAUAAUCAGUUUAGUGACGUGAUCAUAACCUGGAAAUAAUCAGUUUAGUGAAGUAAUCAUAACCUGGAAAUAAUCAGUUUAGUGAAGUGAUCAUAACCUGGAAAUAAUCAGUUUAGUGACAUGAUCAUAACCCAGAAAUAAUCAGUUUAGUGACGGGAUCAGAACCUGAUAAUAGGGAGUUUAGUGACGUGAUCAAAACCCGGAAUUAAUCAGUUUGGAGACGUGAUAAAAACCUGGAAAUAAUCAGUAUAGUCACGUGAUCAUAACCUGGAAAUAAUCAAUUUAAUAAGUGAUGAGCACUAUGGAGGAAAUAAACACAGUGAUCAGAACCAGGAAAUAGUCACUGAUCAAAUCUGGGGAAAACUACUAUUGUAAAUAAGAUUUUUGAUCAAUAUUGUUGAAGUGAACUGAAUAAAUUGAAAAUAAACUGAGUAUAAACAAUUGAUCAGUGUGAUAAUAAAAGCGAAGCGAAUUGAUCAAUAAUAGAACAAAACUGAGAAUUGAUCAGACCAAAGAAUGAUGUUAACUUGAUCAAAAUUCGAGCAAAUGUGAGAAACAAAUCGUAUUUUGUUAAUUGGUUGAAUAAAUUGAAAUUGAAAAAGGAGAUUUAUACCAAUUGAGUGAUGGUCAAUUGAUCAAAAAUGAAAGUUGCUUGAUUAUAGCGUCCGUUGAACAAAAACUGAUCAAGUUAAGAGAACAAUAACUUAAAUACCGUUGAUCAGAAUUUAAGUGUCGUCAAGGGAAAUUAAGUAACUGGAUUUACAACAUUGGGGGUCUGAAAUGAAGGGAACUUAAGUGGCCUGAAGUUAAGGUACAGAAGUGAGCUGGAAGAGAUAUGAACGACACUGAUGGAGAACUGAGGAGAACAAUAAUAGAGGCUGUGAACCAGUAAAAGAGGGAAACAGUGAGAGAAGACGUGAUAAACAGAGUAAUUGGGUAAUGAUUACAAUGAAGAGGUAACCCGAGGUGACCGCUGUUCACCUGCCGCCACCAGAGAUGACACAAGGUUGUCAUUGCGUGAUGGUGUUGCAACUGCUGGUGGUGAUGCUGGCAGUGAGAACAACACCCGUGUCCUGUCAUGUUAUGUGGACAUCCAUCCUCCCCGCCUCACAAGAUCAGGUGGACCUGUGGACGGUGUCAGGUACCGGGUGUACGUGUCCUCACCUCGCACCAGGUCACACCCCCGACUGUGCCUGCUGCGUCAGCCGGGUCGCCUGCCCCUGUGGUGAGGCCAAUCCACACCGCUGUGCCCAGUGUGGCCUUCACCAACACUGCAACAAUAUUCCUCAGCUUCGUCUUUCUCUUGAUGUAUUAAACUGA